UAAGGAAGGCUAAAAAUAACAACCAUCUGGCAUUUGGAGUUCCUAUGAUAUGGCGUUUCUCAUACAAGACUCGUUCAUCUGUGAAGUAUCCAGAUAUUCCCUCGGUUUCAAAACCAAUUCCACAUGAUCCAGUCAGUUGUCCAAUACCAACAUCACCUACAGAAUACAGAGUCGAUGAUGCAACACAAGAAAGUUCGUCUUUCAGCAACAUGGCAGACUCUGACUACAAUCCUGAUGAUGAUGAAAUUCAUUUGAUUAAUAAUGAUGAUCUUUGCGACCUUGUACGGGACCUGGCACUAACAAAAGGUCAAGCUGAACUGCUAGGUUCACGUCUGAAAGAGUUUAAUUUGCUAUCACCAGGUACAAGAACUUCACAAUUUCGACAUAGACACAAAGAACUCGUGCAGAACUUUUAA